AGUAAUAAAUACAAAAAAGUGCAAUAUAUAUAGGAAUUUUUUGUAAAACUCCUAUAAGAACAUGGAGAAUAUAGGGAAGUCUAGAGAAUUUUCCAAUUUUGAUUUCAAAGAUUAUUCAAUUAAUCACUUAACUAAGUCUACUACUAAAUAUGCUGAGGUUGAGCACCCGUUUUUAAAAUUUAAUAGUUUACACGUGCUUGAUGAAAAAUCUAAGAAAAAUCCAUUAAAACCUCAAAAUACAAACAGGAAACCAACAAAAGAAACAUGGCAAACUCAGAAACCAGAAAAAUCCAACGAUAUUAAAUCUAAGAUUCGCUCCUAUCGAAAAUCAAAAGAAUUAAGAAAACCUUAUCAAUUUGAAUUGACUAUGGAAGAAUUGCUAACAGGAAGAAGAUCUCAAAAAAAUACAAAAGAUGCUUCUAGUGAAACAUCGAAAUUGUCGGAUAUUUUACCAUAUGUAGUCGAAAACUAUACAAAACAGUUGGAGAUUUUACUAGAUCUAACACCAAAACCUAAGUUCGAGAUCAACGACAGUGAAGCUGAAGAAUAUUUUACAGAAGAUGAAAAAAUGACAUUUUGUACGUACUCACAAACAGAUUUCCCAUAUAGUGAAGAUGAGCCCCUUAAAAAUCAGAUUGUAAAAUUUAUGAUUCGUAAGCAAAAUCAAAUAUGUUGGAUACUUGUAAAGGUGAUGGAAUCAGAAUGGACUAUAGUUUUUAUUAAGUUUUUUUUAAUAUUGGUAUUGCUUAUUUGUAUAAUUUAUCUUAUAUUGAAUUUUAAUAUUGAAACCCUACAAGGAGUCUGGGGGUACUGCAUAGAUUAUAUUUAUAAUCGAUACUUUAAAAAACCAGAAGCACCAGUGUCGAUGUCUCAGAAAAUUGUAACAAAUAUAUGGAAUUCUAUGAGAUUUGGUAUAUAACACGCUUUGAUAAUGAUAACAAUAAUGACAAA